UUUGAUAAUCAUGCAGGUAAUAAUUACUCAGAAGAAGAAGAUGUUUCUGAUAUGAUGGACAUCAUUAACUCCGGAAUUGAGAUGAAGAACACCACCAUGAAUGCUAUGCCAUCUCUCAACAUGAACUUUCAUCCUCAAAUCUACCCCACAACUGUUGAGCAAAAGAGAAACAACAAGAGGAACAACAGUUCAAUGCCUGUUAUGAACAUGAUUCCAACUCCUGGAUUCAACCAAAGCAUGCCACCUCAAAUGAGCAACAAUUUCUUUGGUCAACAAGGGGGUGCAAAUAGCAACUUUCACUACAAAGUUCCUAUGAAUGAUGAAGUGGCCAAUGUUCCAAUGCAUGCAAAUGUCUCAACAACAACUGGAACAACAGCCUUUGAUUCUCAAUCUGAUGAAGAUGCUUAUGACAACUAUGAGUUUAUUGAUUCUCCUAUUGUGGGAACAUCAAAUUAUGAUUUAUCUAUGUUCUUUCAUAAGUGACUUAAUUAAUUUAAGGUAAAAUCAUAAAUUACUCUUUUUAAAACUUUUCACUACUCUUUCACAAAUAUUCAUCUUUCACAAAUAAACUAAAACUAUAAGAGUUUAUUUGUAAAAGAGAGUGAAAGCUUAAAAUUGGUAAUUUAUGAUUUUUAAUAGAGAUUGGUGGCUAGUAUAAGAGGUGUCAUUGGAGAAGGAAACUUUGUGU